GGUAAAGCAUUUUCGGGUGCGAGAUUUUACUGAUUCAGGGCUGCCUGAGACUAUAAAGACCGGCUCUUCGGCCAUCAGGAUUAGCCAAGGUUGAAACAACGAGCGAUUUUCUGUGAACAAGAGAGAAUGCUGAACCUCACUCCCAUUUUACUCAGUCUCUUGGCACUGUCUGAUCCGUGUCAGGCGACAAAAGAACGGUGUGCGUCGUUCUUCGCUGGUCAGCGAUACACCCCUGUCAAGGAGACAGGAAGCAGUUGCAAAGAACUUUGCGAACCCCAUUUAGCAUACUGGGCAACAUUGGAUGCGAAUCUUGCAUUGUACUACAAGUCAGAAUCACCCUGCGUAAAGGCGUAUGAAGGAGUUUGCGCAUUUAAGCGCAUGGUUGACUUCACUGACAACUCCGGUGUUGCCAAAUGCGACUGCCUGUCUGCCUUGGUCUUCAUGAGGGUACAGGUGAAGGGUAAUGCUGCCGACGGCUCCAGGUGCGAUGAACAGAAUUUCUUGGAUUUUCUGAACGGGUUAAAGUUCAACAAGACCACGGUCCGCGGCGAAGAAACUGGUUUCGAGGUCAAGGUCCACCAAUCGCCUCUGACCUGCCAGAACCACAAAGGUGACAGUAGCCACUGUGCCUGCCCCAAAGAUGCAAAGCUAUACACAGACACACAACAACCAUCCAAGCUCGGCCAACCGAUGAACAAAUGCACAUGGGAUCUCGAGGACCACGGUGACGCACCUCCAUUCGUCAGCAUUUGAGCCACAUCAAUCUUUGCAUCAAUUCAGUCAAGCACAAAACCGACAAAAAAAUACUGUUCGCCCGAUCGUAGUCUUUUAUAAUUCUCAAGUCUCCUUUUCCUUUAAAUCAUGAG